AUGUUGUCUAGGUUUUUGAGGGGCGGCUCAAAAUGUCCCAUACAAAUUGGGAAACCACCUGUCCCUCUUCCACCUCUGACACCUUGCCGCGAGGUGUGCCACCUGUCCAUGACCAGCCGGUUGAAGCUUCGCAUGCUCCAGGUGAUCAGUGGACUCCAGCAACGCUACUGCCUCUGGCGUCUGCGCCGGUUGCUUGGCGUAGCCUUCGAUGAGACCGGCUUCCAGGAGGGCACCCGACAAGCAACGGCCACCAUGAUGGAGGCGGUUCGCCAUUCGAACUGGGUUUGCAUCCGAAAGUGCUGCACGGAACGUGCAUCGGUGGACAUUUACGGGCUGGCCCAGGGUCAGGGCAGCCAGCGGUCUGUGGGCGACCUGAUGCGCUUCCAGAGCCAGCACCUAAAGCACGCCAUCCCUCAGAGAGUGUCCCGCGAGUGUAUCGAUGGACAAUGCUGUGUCCUGGUGGACAUGUUGUUCAUCGGUCUCCGUAAUCUCGUGGACUUUGAGACUCAGAAGGAGCAGGCGGAGUUCUUCGAGCGGCUUCAGAAUAUGCUUUCGGAAUUGCAGGCCAAGAGGAUCAGCGAACCCAUACAGGGCUGCCUGGUGGCCGCUGAAGUAGGACUUACCUUUUGCAAAAAGCUUAGGAAAUUAGAAGAGGAUUCCGAGGAUUUGUUCCAAAAUCCCGACAAAAACGGCGAUGACGAUGGCUGGCUGAUUGAUGCCUACAAAAUGCAUCACCUCAAGCUGAUAAGCUUCUGUCCCCAAGCCCGAAGCUUUCGCGUUUUUGAGUUCCUGAAACCGGUUUAG